AAUGAAUUCCUACUGGAAAAAAAUGAAAUGGUAAAAGCUAUAGUAGAAGGCGAGUUUGCACAAGAAACCGAAGAUAAUGUUCCAUCGGUGCACAUAUGUGAGAAUUUCACUUGCGGUAUGCCAAUUAGCAACGUUGAAGAGUUGGUGGAUAAAUUGAAAUAUUGA